AUGUCGCCGUGCCGAGUGGCAGCGUGCGUGGCACUGCUGGUAGCUGUCAACGUUGCGCCAGGAGUGGUCUCACUUGACCUUAAUCGGUUGUAUGGACAUCACACUAAACGAUCUGAGUAUUGUCACCCGUACGAACCAUUCAAAUGCCCUGUUGAUGGCCACUGUAUCUCUAUACAGUACCUGUGCGACGGCGCGCCGGACUGCGUUGAUGGAUAUGAUGAAGAUUCGAAGCUUUGCACAGCUGCUAAGCGACCUCCAGUAGAGGAAACAGCAUCUUUCCUGCAAUCGCUGAUUGCUUCUCACGGACCCAAUUACUUGGAGAAAUUGUUUGGGAGCAAGGCCAGAGAUGCUCUUGAACCACUCGGUGGGGUUGAGAAAGUUGCUAUUGCUCUGUCUGAAUCACAAACCAUUGAAGAUUUCGGCGCGGCUCUCCACUUGAUGCGGUCUGAUCUGGAGCAUCUUCGCUCGGUAUUCAUGGCAGUUGAAAAUGGCGAUCUUGGCAUGUUGAAAUCCCUGGGGAUAAAGGAUAGUGAGCUUGGUGAUGUCAAGUUUUUCCUAGAGAAGUUGGUCAACACCGGUUUCCUUGAC